AUGCCUAUUUCUACUCAUGUUUUUUUUUCUAUAUCUCACAAUAACAAUGCUCAAUUAGAUAUUUUUAAGCUAAUAUCUAAAAAUACAGAGAUGAACACAGUUCUGGCUCUAUUUGAUUUUACUAGGUUUCAAAACACAAUUCUGAGUCCACAAGAAUUAGCUACAGGAUUUACAUUCUACCCACCAGAAGAUAUAGUAAACACAGAAUUACCAAAAAGUUUAGAAUUUAUUAAUGAAAUUCAGAAUUUAUUUUUGAAUUACGACCGUAACAACAAAGAACAGACAUCUAAACUUUUAGAUUUCAUCGAAAAUAACAUUCAUACUGGCUUCCAAGAGUUAUCGACAAAUAUCUUUCUUAGACCGCAAAAAGUCAGAGAUUACGUUCAUUUAUACUCAUUACUAUCAAAAAAUGUUAAGAUUAUCGUAUGUCAAAACCUUAUUUGCACUCCAAUUUUUUCAUAUUAUUUAAUCAAAGAAAAAGUCUGUUCUGUCUUUGAAGCAGAGCAACUAAUGGCAACAACCGCAAGCAAUAUAUUUCGUUCCUACAUAGCAACAUUUUCAAGACUAAUUGAUUGUUUUAAUUGCAAACUUUUUGAGAAAAUUAAUAUCGAGAUAAUUGAAACCUUCAUUGAUGAUAAUCCAGAUAAAUUCAUUGAGUUAACAUCAAAAAUGGAUUUCUCAGAAGGCGAUAUUUUAGAAACAUUAACAAAAUUGUCCGCUUUAUAUGGUGCAGUUAACUGUUUCAAGUAUUUGUCACUUCAGGAGCCAAAUUUUACCGAUAUUUCUAAUUAUGCAGUUGUUGGUGGUAAUAUGGAAAUUAUCAGAAUUCUUAUUCAAAAAGGAAUUAGAUUCGAUGAAUCCGCAAUUGUUGCAUUAUAUUUCCGCCGUGAUGAAUUAUUUGACUGGCUUCAAUCCCAAAAAACAGAAGAAACUACACAAAGGAAUCAAAAUCAUCUUGAAUAUUCAAUUACAGAUACACUUACGAUUCGUGCAAUUUAUUCAUUAACUAAGAAGAAUCGUUUAAUCUAUACAAAUGAUUGGUUAUCAGUUUUUUCAUUAGAUGGAUUAAUAGAACCAAUCAGAGAACUCUCAAAGAGUUGCAUGUUUUUGGGCUCUUUGUUUUUCAAUGUUACUGAUGAAGAAAUUCUUAAUAAUUUCCUUGAUAAUGCUCGAGAUGUUUACAUAUUAAAACUUCUUGAUUAUUCCCUAAUUUUCGGAUAUUCAUUACACCUUCAUGUUAUUAUUAAUCAUAUGAAAUUCCCAAGCAUUUGCCAGUUGAAUCCAAAAAUUCUUGAUUUCAUCAAGAGCAAAAACCCAGAAAUAUUUAAAGAAGUAAACAAUAUUUUACAAAUUGAUACUGACAUUGAGAAAAAUUAUCAGAAAUUCAUUGCUGGAAUCCCAAUUAAUAUCUCAGUUCUCAUAGACGUUAUGAAGUAUUCAAUGAAUAUGAACGACCUCCAAACGUUUCAAAAUCUCUGCGAGAAAUUUAAUGAUGCUGAUUGCACGAUCGAACAAUUGAUUGGAUUCCUUCAAUCAUCAUCUUUAACAUGGCCUUUUGCAUCAAAAAAGAUUGUUGAAAAAGAACCCGAUGGAUCAGUUUGUAUUCCAUUAACAAGAUAUUUCUCAAUUUCAAAUGAUAAUAGCAUCAUUCCAGCAAAAGUUGCCGAUAUCAUUAUGAAAGAUCAAGAUUUACAAUCACAGCUUACUGCUUAUGAUUGCAUCAACUUGUUAUCAAUGGUACAACCAGAGUACACCGAUAUUUCUCCAUUAAUUUCUCUUCUAAGAAAAUUCGGAUUGAUAACUGAUGAAAAACUCAAAACAAUUAAUGAAAUUCAAGAAUUUGUUUAUAAUUCACCUAAAAUUGAUGAACUUGUUAAAGAAGAUAUUGAUGAAUUCUUAAACAUUAUCCCACCACAUCUUGAUUUUAUCAAUAAAGUCAUUGGAAUUGAAGUCACGAAAGAAUUUUAUGAUAAAAUUCUCCAAUUAUUCAUCAUUAUGUUUAAACCAAUCAACAGAGAAAGAUUGGAGAAGAAUUUUCAUUCUAAACUAUUUAAAUUCCCAGAAGAAAUGGUUAAACUUCACAGCGAUUUUCUUGAUUUUCUCACAGAUCCUGUCAACAAGAAGCAUAUUGACAUAAAAGCACUUUCUAAGUCAAAACAUAAUUUCGAUUUCAUCAGAUUCCUCGAAUUUUCAGAUGAAGAAUUUCAAAUUUUAAAGAAAAAUUCUUUCGGCAAAUCUAAUAUGAUGUUUAAUCCAGUUAAUUCAAGAUUCUUUACAAUUGAAGAAGUCCUUAAAUUCGGAAAACCAAGUACAAUUGUCCAUGCAAUAAUGAACAAACCGUUGAAUCCACAAGAUAUCUCCUUAAUCAAAAACCUAUUCGAUGAUAAGGAUUUUUCUAAUAAAUAUAACUUGUACAGGCAAAUAUUCAUAAAAGACGAAAUUUGUCAGGGUUUUGAAACAAAAUGGUUACUUUUUGUUCUCUGGAAAGAAAAAUCUUUCGAUGAAAUAUCAUUCAAAAUUUUAGAUGAGCUACUUUCAAGGGAAAUGAAUGAUUCUUCCAAAUGCAAUUUGUUUCUUAAAAUUCCGACAGACAAAGAGGCUUAUGAUUUUAUUGUUUCUCGAAGAGAAAGGAUUAACGAUUCUUGUUUGAUCAUAUAUUCAAUCAGGACCUCAACGCAAUUAGUUGAGAAAGGAACUCCAAUUGAAGAUUUUUACUUUCAACAGAUAUUUGCCUCGCCGAAUAAGUUAAAUUAUGAAAAUUUGUUCGACUACAAAGUUUCCAAACUUGCAAUUGCAUUGGGAUUUAUCAAUGCUAUCAGAUGGAACAACAUUGAUGCAGUGCAUUUAUUGAUUUCAAAAGGUGCUCCUAUUAAUGCUAUUAUAAAUUCAAAGACUCCUCUUCAAGAUGGAAUAUAUUAUAAUUCGUUUGAAUGUGUUGAGAGAUUAGUUAGUUUAGGAGCAUCUCUUAAAUUUAAUGGAAUGCAAACUGCUGUUGGAGAAUGCAUGAAUUGUAAAAACAGUGAAAUCAUUUCUUUAAUAUGCAGCAAGAUAGAUUAUGAAUACGAAUCUCAUUUCAAAUCCGUUAAUCAGAUUCAGCUCAAAAUCUCUGGUAAAUCGUCGGGCUUUCCUGAAAAAGAAGAUUUGGUAAAAAUGAUCAAACAAAUUUCACUCCCAAAUGAUUUAGAUUUAGAUUUUAUAGCUAAAGAAAUGCAAAAUUGUUGUAAUUAUGCAACAGCACUGAAUCUAAUUCUUACAAUAGCUAAUAUUGACUUAAGUCCAAUUAGUUUCCUUAUUAAAGUAAGAAAGCAAUCAGCCAAUCCUGACCUAUGGAACUUUGUUGUAAAUAACAUUACGAAGAGCAAUUCAGUGUUUAGAACAGUUUAUUGUGUAAUCACAGACACCGAAUUAACUGAUCCUUCUGAUCAACUUCAUCAACUAUUGUUCAUUGCAACAAGACUUGGAAAUAUUAAUGUUUUGAAGAGUCUUUUAGAAAACGGUGCUUCAAUCGAAGAAGUUGAAGGCUACUAUAAUCUCCUCUCUCCUUCUUUAGAAGCAAUCAGUAAAAAUCGAUCAGACAUUUUACAACUCUUCAUUUCUGCAGGCUUGACAUUUGAUCAUAUCUAUUCAACAGACAACUUUACAUUGAUCAAUGCAAGUAUUGAGUUCAAUUCUAUGAAAUGCUUUGAUCUUUUGCUUGAAAGGUCAUCACUUCGUCAUGUUGUUGUUGAAACACCUAUGAUGACAGCACUUCAAACAUUCGAACGAACAGGUAAUGAUUACUUCAUCAACAAACUAAUUGAUAAAAUCGAUAUUGAAUACGAACGAAUUGUCGAUCCUUCUUUUUCAGAUUACUUAUUAUUCAAAGAAGGCAGAAUUGCAGAAUUCCACUAUAAAUCUUCUCAAAGGCCUCAACCCAAACCUCUAACUCAAGCUGACAAGUUUUUGGCUGAAAAAUUAAAGAAAUCUGAUUUGGCUCAGCUAAUGCUUGCUUAUAAAAUCCUUUCGGUUACAAUUGGCGGAUAUCAGAAAAUCUUUUAA